GUACCUGGCUUCGUCGGCUUGAAGGGCAGGAUGGCCACAGUGUCUUCGGCGGCUUUACAGGCGGCUUCAGGAGUGGGAGGCCUGGAACUGGCUGGAAUUCAUCGCGGGUUCCGCAGAUGAAGGUCGGGGGAGAUGUGCGCGUGAACACGGUCAUCAGCUCUGGUUCCCACCUCGGCAAUGUGUCCGCUGUGAGAGCCUUCCUUUUCCUGUUCUUUGGCAUCGUAGGUGGCUUGGAAGUCUGGAGGUGUCACUCUCAUGAGCGGUGCUUCUAA